AUGAAUUUUACCAUUGUAUUGUCUAUGCUGCUUUUCUGCAGCCUGAUUUUGGCCCAGUAUGAUGUUAAUGUUCCUGAAAAAGAAAGAACUAGUGAAACACAGUCAUGCUUUUCAGACUUGUGUGAUUUCCUGAAAGAGUUUGUAUCCACAGGUAUCUUCGCUGCACCUGUUCCAGGCAUUUACUACUUCACCUUCUUUUAUAAUGCUGGAGGAUCACAGGAAGUUUUUCUAAUCCUCAUGAAGAACAACCAGGAUGUUGUGUCGACCGCUGAUCGGAAAACAUCACAUGAUGAUGCUGAUAAUGGUGGCAAUGCAGUGUUCUUACAGCUGCAGCAAGGGGACCAGGUGUAUAUGCGCUUAGGUGCAAAUACACAUGUUUGGGGAGACAAUUUCAUUACCACCUUCAGUGGUUUUCUGGUCAGUCAGGUUUGAACAGUGAAUAAAGAUAUGAUUUAUUUGUCAUUACAGUUUUA